AUGACAGUAUCAGAUGAUGAAGAUGGUGUUAUUCUAAAAAGAAGAAAGCUUUAUAAUGUGGUAAAAGAUGAGAGUGAUGAUGAAGAGAAUCAUAUAACUGGUCUUAAGUCUAGCAUAGUCAAGGCAGAAGAAGGAGAUGAAGAAACCAAGGAUGCUAAAUUAGUGAAUACAGAUAAUGACUCGCCUAUCAGCGAUGAUCUUGAAGAAAAUGUAAGCGAUGAUCUUGAAGAAGACUAUAAAUGGUGGGAAGAACAAGAUAAAGAUGACACAAUUAAGUGGACCACUUUGGAACACAAUGGUGUCCUAUUUCCACCUCCAUAUGAGGCUCUACCAUCCCAUGUUAAACUUUAUUAUGAAGGCAACCCGGUGGAUUUACCUCUGGAAGCGGAAGAAGUUGCUGGUUUUUUUGCACACUUAUUAGAAACUCCUCAUGCUCAAAAUCCGGUGUUUCAAAAGAACUUUUUUGAGGAUUUUAAACAUGUUCUCAAUGAUGCUGGCGGUACUCAAAAUGGAAUUGAAAUAGAAAGCUUUGAUAGAAUGGACUUUUCUGCCAUGCAUGAUUAUUUUGUUCAGCUAAAGGAAGAAAAAAAGAGUAUGACUGCGAUGCAAAAGAAGGAAAUAAGACUCGAGAGGGAGAAAUUUGAAGAGAAAUAUAAGUUUUGUGAACUGGAUGGUAGACGAGAACAAGUUGGAAAUUUUAAAGUUGAACCACCUGAUUUAUUUAGAGGAAGAGGUGCUCAUCCAAAAACUGGGAAGCUAAAAAGAAGAAUAAGACCUGAAGACAUAGUGCUAAACCUUGGAGAGGGAGCACCCAUUCCUCCCCCUCCUUCCGGUCAUCAAUGGGGUGAGAUACGACAUGAUAAUACUGUACAGUGGCUGGCAAUGUGGAGGGAGAACAUAUUUGGCUCUUUCAAAUACGUUCGCUUAGCCGCCAAUUCCUCAUUGAAGGGCCAAAGUGAUUUCAAGAAGUUUGAGAAAGCUAGGGAAUUGAAAAAGCACAUAGACAGGAUUCGUAAAGAGUACCGAAACAAUUUCAAGAGCAAACUUAUGGUGGAGCGACAAAAGGCUGUCGCAGUGUAUCUAAUUGACGUCUUUGCUUUAAGAGCUGGUGGUGAAAAAUCAGAAGAAGAAGCUGAUACAGUAGGAUGUUGCUCCUUAAGAUAUGAGCAUAUAACCUUGAAACCUCCCAAUACAGUCAUUUUCGAUUUCUUGGGUAAGGAUUCAAUCAGAUUCUAUCAAGAGGUACAGGUGGACCCUAAAGUCUUCAAAAAUUUGGCUUUAUUUAAAAAGCCCCCUAAACAACCCGGCCAUCAAUUGUUUGACAGAUUAGAUCCUUCACUUUUAAACAAAUUUCUACAGAAUUACAUGACAGGUUUAACUGCUAAAGUUUUUCGUACUUACAAUGCUUCUAAGACCAUGCAAGAGCAACUGGAUCUUAUUCCAAAUGAAGGGAGUGUGGCUGAAAAAUUACUAAAAUAUAACGCAGCAAAUAGAACGGUUGCAAUUCUAUGUAACCAUCAAAGGACGGUUACUGCAGGCCAUGCUAAAUCCGUUGCUAAAUCCUCUGAUAGAAUAGAAGAAUUCAAAUGGCAAAAGGAGAGAUUAAAAAAAGGUAUUCUACAAAUAGAACCAGAUAGAAUUAAGGAUACUCCAAAUUAUUUUGAGGAUAUUAACAGUAUCGAUAAAGAAAUAGAGGCUAAAAUUCAUGAGAGAAUUAUAGAAAGAGAAAUACAAAAAUAUCAUAACAAGUUCAAAAGAGAAAACGAUAAACGGAAAUUCGAAGGUGAAGAACCGUUGCCUGAGGAGACGCUGAAGGAGUGGCUUGAUAACGUUAAACAAUUAAAACAACAAUAUGCUGAAGAAUUAGCCACAGGUAUUGUUCAGUUAAAAGCUUCCAUGAAUAGUGUAGAAAAAUUAGAAAAAGCGAUUGAACGGUUAGAUCAGAGAAUCUCCACAAGCCAAGUGCAACUCCAGGAUAGAGAAGCCAACUCUGAGGUGUCUCUAGGCACAUCUAAAAUUAACUAUAUUGAUCCCAGAUUAUCAGUGGUGUUUUGUAAGAAAUAUGGCGUACCUAUAGAAAAAAUCUUCACGAAAUCUCUAAGGGAGAAAUUCAAAUGGGCAAUUGAAUCAGUGGAUGAAACCUGGAGAUUCUAA